AUGGCUUCCACCCGCACGCCCGCCCCCGAAGUCCACAAGUCCGUCAACCUCCUUAUUGACAACCUGGUCAACAUCAAGGAUGAGACCGGGAAAUUCCUCAUGCCGCUGGCCGACGGUCGCAUCAUCGACACCAAGUCCUGGCACGGCUGGGAAUGGACCCACGGCAUCGGUCUGUACGGCGUGUGGAAGUACUACGAAUUGACCGGCGACGAGCGCCUGCUGAAAAUCAUCGAGGAUUGGUUCGCCGCGCGAUUCGCCGAGGGCGGUACCACCAAGAAUAUCAACACGAUGGCCGUGUUUUUGACUCUGGCAUAUGUCUACGAGAAGACGGGCAAUCCUACGUAUCUGCCGUGGUUGGACGCGUGGGCAGAGUGGGCGAUGCAUGAUUUACCCCGCACCCGUUACGGCGGGAUGCAGCACAUCACAUAUCUGACGGAGAACUACCAACAAUUAUGGGACGAUACCCUGAUGAUGACUGUUAUGCCUCUGGCUAAGAUUGGCAAGCUGUUGCAUCGCCCCGAGUACAUUGCCGAGGCGAAGAAGCAGUUCCUCACGCAUAUCAAGUACCUGUUUGACACGAAGACGGGCCUGUUCUUCCACGGGUGGACGUUCGAGGAAGGUGGCCACAACUUUGCUGAUGCACGCUGGGCUCGUGGUAACAGCUGGGUGACGAUUGUUAUUCCUGAGAUUAUCGAGUUGCUGGAACUAGAUCCCACCGAUCCUAUCAGACUCCACCUGAUCGAGACCCUGGAUGCGCAGUGUGAAGCCCUGCAACGCGUGCAAUCAGAGUCCGGCGCCUGGCAUACUCUCCUGGACCACCCCGAUUCUUACCUGGAGGCUUCUGCCACAGCCGGAUUUGCUUACGGUAUCCUCAAGGCAGUGCGCAGGCGCUAUAUCAGCGCAGACUACGCCCCCGUCGCUGAGAAGGCUAUCACUGCAGUGUUGAAGUACAUCGACCCUAAGGGCGAACUCCUGAAUACUAGCUUCGGUACUGGUAUGGGAGACUCGUUGCAGUUCUACAAAGAUAUCCCUCUCACCUCCAUGCCUUAUGGUCAGGCAAUGGCCAUUAUGGCGCUGGGCGAGUAUUUGCGGACUUAUCUGUAG